AUGGAGAUCCUGGUUGGCACCGGGACGGGAGUAGUGGAGACCCUGCUGGCGGAACCGGUUCCGGUGGGCUCGCAGUGCUUCUGCUUCACGCAGAGGACAAAGGCAGACGGACACGCCGGCAAGGUGCAGGCCAUCUGCCAGCGGGGCAGACUGUUUGCUACGGGUGGAUCCGACGGCUGGAUCACCGUCGCAGCCCUCGAAGCCGCUGAGUACGAACGUGCCUGGAAGCAGGAUUUGCCGGCGGAAGAUCCGGUGACCUGUAUGGAUAUCUCACAGGGUGGCAAAUUCUGCUUCGUGGGCACGCAGGCAGGACACAUUUACAUCAUCCAUCUGCAGAGCAUGCGGCUGGUCAAGGUGCUGGAAAAGGCCCACAGGGGACCCGUUCUGGCGCUGCGAGUCCAUCCGGAGCGUUUUACAGUGUUCUCUGUGGGCGUGGACCGAAACCUCAGCGCUUGGAAUCCAGCGCCAGACCGAAUCCUCCACAUGGAGCACGACCAGUCACCAACCCGAAUGAUCGAGUUCAGCCCCAACGGCGUAAAUCUAGCUCUCGUGUCCACCACCGCCACCAACGUGAUUAACAGCGAUUCCGGCCGACGCCUCCACCGGAACAACUUCGAGUCGCGAACGGUCGCGGUCGGCUGGCUCUCCGAGGCCAGGUUAUGCGUCGGAACCGAGGAUGGCUGUUUGUCGUUUAUCGACACAACAGCCAACUCGGUUACCGAGAUUCCGGCCGUAUACCCGGCCAAAUUGACGGCGAUGGCCAUCGAUCGGAGCCGGCAAUUCAUGGCCACCGCGGACAGUUCGUGGGAGAUCAUGCUGUGGCGAAUUGAGGGUGGCGAUAGAUUUAUUUGGCCCCUCUGUUUCACGACGGUCGAUUCAGCGCCCCUCUGCGUCACGCUGGCCACCGACGAGGAGCUCGGGCUUCACCGGACGAUGCGGCAGGAGUUGGAGAAGGAGGGUUUUGUUUUUUCGGACUGGGAUUAG